AUGCAGCAGUACAACUUCUUAUUGUGCGUAUUGGUGCUCGUGUCUUUGGGCCAGUCCGGGAGCGAUGAGCCCAAUCUGCUGCUGCCUGCAUCCAGCGAGGCUCCAACGGACGCCGGAUUGUCUCUGCUGGAUGAGGACGCAGGCGCUCACGAGUGCUCUGCGUGUGUGUGGAGGGAACAGAGCAAAGUGCUAAGACUGGAGACCAUCAAGUCACAAAUCCUGAGCAAACUGCGUCUAAAGCAAGCCCCCAACAUCAGCCGCGAAGUGGUCAAUCAGCUGCUGCCCAAAGCACCGCCGCUGCAGCAGCUCCUGGACCAUCAUGACUUCCAGGGGGACGCGUCCUCCCAGGAUGAGUUCAUGGAGGAGGACGAGUACCAUGCCACCACGGAGUCAGUCAUCACAAUGGCAUCCGAGCCGGAGCCUCUGGUGCAGGUGAAUGGAAAGCCGAGCUGCUGCUUCUUCAAGUUCAGCCCUAAACUCAUGUUCACUAAAGUCCUGAAGGCUCAGCUGUGGGUGUAUCUGCGGCCACUGCAGCAGACCUCCACAGUCUAUCUCCAGAUCCUGCGUCUGAAGCCGGUGACAGAUCAGGGCAGCCGUCACAUUCGCAUCCGCUCACUCAAGAUUGAGCUCAACUCCCGUGUGGGCCACUGGCAAAGCAUUGACUUCAAGCACGUGCUGCAGAACUGGUUCAAGCAGCCGCACACCAACUGGGGCAUCGACAUCAACGCCUUUGACGAAAGUGGCAAUGACCUGGCAGUUACCUCGCUGCAUCCUGGGGAGGAGGGACUGCAGCCGUUUCUGGAGGUGAAGGUUUUGGAGACCACUAAGCGAUCUCGAAGAAACCUGGGUCUGGACUGCGACGAGCACUCAACCGAGUCGCGCUGCUGCCGGUACCCUCUGACGGUGGACUUCGAAGCCUUUGGCUGGGACUGGAUCAUUGCUCCUAAGCGUUACAAAGCCAACUAUUGCUCGGGCCAAUGCGAAUACAUGUUCAUGCAGAAGUACCCACACACUCACCUGGUGCAGCAUGCUAACCCGCGCGGCUCCGCGGGGCCCUGCUGUACGCCCACUAAGAUGUCUCCCAUUAACAUGCUCUAUUUCAAUGACAAACAACAGAUCAUCCAUGGGAAGAUCCCUGGGAUGGUAGUGGAUCGGUGUGGCUGCUCUUAG